AUGAACACCGUUCACACACCGAACCCCGCACACGCAUACCCGUCGUUGCAGUCGCACACACACACAUACGUGUCGGACGCGGAGGAGGAGAUCGUGGAGGAGGGGCUCGAGUCGGAGAUGCAGCAGCAGGCGGCGCAAAUCCGCCGCGAACGGCUGUCAAAACGCGUGCAGGCCGAGAAGGUCAAGGCGGAGAGCGCGCUCACGCGCACCAUGUCACUUGUACGCGGCACGUCUAAUCGUGGCGAGGAUGGGCCCCUGGUAGGGCAUUUGAUUGGGGAGGACCAUGUCAACUAUGUGUUGAUGUACAAUAUGUUGACUGGUAUCCGGAUAGCCGUCUCGCGGUGUCAGGCGAAAAUUCGCCGGCCACUGACAGAGGAUGACUAUACCGCCGCGCACAAGUAUUCCUUUGACAUAGUCGGGAAUGAGUUGACACCAUCGGCAAGGUAUGACUUCAAGUUUAAGGACUAUGCACCAUGGGUCUUCCGCGAACUCCGAGAAGACUACUUCCACCUCGACCCUGCAGAUUAUUUGCUCAGCCUGACCGCGAAGUACAUCCUGUCCGAGCUAGGUUCGCCGGGCAAAUCGGGCUCGUUCUUCUACUUCUCGCGUGACUACCGGUUCAUCAUAAAAACGAUCCACCACAACGAGCACAAGUUCCUCCGGCGGAUCCUCAAGAAGUACUACGAGCACGUGAAGACGAACCCGCACACGUUGCUUAGUCGCUUCUACGGCCUUCACCGUGUCAAACUUCCUCACGGGCGCAAGAUUCACUUUGUGAUCAUGAACAACCUCUUUCCGCCGCAUAAGGACGUCCAUGAGACAUAUGAUCUCAAGGGAUCGACAGUUGGCCGGGAGUAUCCUGAGGAGAAGGCAAAAGAGAACCCGCGCGCGACGCUGAAGGAUUUGAAUUGGAUCCACCGGCGGAAGACGUUGGAACUGGGUCCAGAGAAGCGCGCCCUUCUCACUGAACAACUACGAAGAGACUCGGAGUUGCUCAAGCGGCUAUAUGUCAUGGAUUAUUCUCUGCUUGUCGGUAUCCACAACAUGGAAAGGGGCAACCGUGACAAUGUCCGGAGUAAGACGCUAAAGGAGUUCUCGCCGGACAUGCCUGUCAUUCGACGGAAACAUACACAAGUCAAGGGCGCGAGAUCACCAGACGCGAUUGCGUUACGACGUAAUCUACGCGAAUCUGACCCAAAGCGACUCGGUACGGGAUCGAUCAGUCUUCCGGAGGAGACAGGCGAGCGGCAAUACUUCAUCUUUUAUCAGGAAGAGGGCGGCUUGCGCGCGACAGACGAGCUGAACCAGAGCAUGGACACAAUAUACUACCUUGGCAUCAUUGAUAUUCUUACACCGUAUUCGUCGCUGAAGAAGAUCGAGCAUUGCUGGAAGGGGCUGUCGGCUGAUCGACAUAAGAUCAGCCCGGUACCCCCGCAAGAAUAUGGUGAUCGCUUCUACUCGUUCAUGAAGUCCAUCAUGCGUGGCGGCGGCGGUGCCGGUAAUGAUGAGAAGGCCAAGACCGAAUAG